AUGAACGAUCCCAAAGAUGUGGUGAUCGAGAGCUUGAAGGGUCUCUGCUAUACCAACCCUCAUCUUCGUUUGCUCGAGAACGAGAAAGUUGUCUACAGUUCCGAUAUUGAUGCUAUUGCCAAGAAGCAAGUUACCAUCAUUUCUGGAGGAGGAGCUGGUCACGAGCCCGCCCACGCCGCAUUCGUGGGUGAAAAUAUGUUGACUGGUGCCGUCAGCGGGCAAGUUUUCGCAUCACCUUCCGCUGGACAAAUCCUGGCCGCUUUGAGAAAGGUGCGCUCUCCCCACGGUACUCUUGUGAUUAUCAAGAACUAUACUGGUGAUUGCUUGCACUUUGGUCUUGCUGUUGAGCGCGCGAAGGCCGAGGGUAUGAACAUUGAAAUGGUCGUUGUCGGCGAUGAUGUUGCUGUUGGUCGUGAAAAGGGAGGACUUGUUGGACGCCGAGGUCUUGCCGCUACUGUGCUGGUUCACAAAGUUGCUGGCGCCGUUGCUGCUCAAGGCGGAUCCUUGACCGAGGUUCGUGAUGCUGCCAAGUAUGUCAUCGAGCACAGUGCCACCUGCAGUGUCAGCUUGGACCAUUGCCAUGUUCCUGGUUCAAGCAGCUUCGCUAGUCUCGGUGUUGACGAAAUGGAAUGGGGUACCGGUAUCCACAACGAGCCUGGUGCAAAGAAGUCUGGUAUCGUUGACGUCAAAACCAUUGUCAAGGAGCUUUUAUUUACUAUCUUGGAUGAAAAUGACAAGGAUCGUGCUUACCUCAAUCUGAAUAAGGACAACGAAAAGAUUGUUUUGUUGGUCAACAACCUUGGUGGUAUCCCUGUUCUUGAACUUGGUGUCGUUGCAAAGGAAGCUGCUGAAUACCUUGCUGAGAACAACAUUGAAGUCGAGCGAAUCAUCAGUGGUACCUUCAUGACCUCUCUCAACAUGCCCGGUGCCUCCUUGACAUUGCUCAAGGUCCCCAAGACCUAUGGAAAUUUGGACUUCUCUUCCUUGUUGGAUCUUCCCGUUGGCGCUCCUGGCUGGCUCAACAACAGCCGUCGUGGCUUCUCUCUUGACGUUUUGGAUCACACCGCUGGCCUCAGUGACAUGUCCGUUGAGCUUUCCAACAAGACUGCUGGAAAGAUUGCCAACCCUGCUGCCGUUGCUGAUGCUCUCCGCGCUGGUGCUGAAAACAUCAUUGCCCACGAGCCUGAAAUCACUCACUAUGACACCAUCCUCGGUGACGGUGACUGUGGUCAAACUUUGAAGGAAGGAAGCAAUGCCCUCAUUGCUGCUUUGUCUUCUAUUGACUUUUCAUCGGGCCCAAGCGCCAUCCUUGCCAUCUCUGAUAUCUUGGAUACAAACAUGGGAGGAACUUCCGCUGCUAUCUACUGUAUCUUCUUGAAUGCCUUGGCCAUUGGUCUGGUCAAUGCUUCCUGCAAUACCUCCGAUCAGUCUGCUGGUAGUGUCGCUGUUUGGGCAGAGGCUCUCAAGCAAGCAUUGGACUCUCUCAUGAAGUACACACCUGCUCGUGAAGGCGACCGAACCAUGAUGGAUGUGCUCAUUCCAUUCAUCAACACUCUCCACCAAACUCAGUCAGUGGACCAAGCCAUUGAAGCUGCCAAACAAGGCGCUGAAAAGACGAAAACUAUGCGUGCCAAAUUGGGUCGCGCAUCCUAUGUUAACGAUGAAAGUGUUAAGUCUGCUGCAGUUCCCGAUGCUGGUGCAUGGGGUCUUCUCGCUCUUCUCACCGGUAUCCAAAAAGGUCUUGCGCAGUAA